AUGGACCCGGCCCCGGAUGCUGGCCAGUUUCGAGUCGAUGCUGUCGAUACCCGCCCUCCCGCCUUGGGCCACCGAGACCUGGACUCGGGGCACGACGUCGACCGCCAUCACCACCAGCACCACCUCGCUGGCACCCUUUCCCUCCCAAUUCCACCCCAAACCGAGUCCUUCCCCUACACUGACCGUGACCUGCGAGCCAACACCCACGACGACCCGUCGGAGAGCCACCAACAUGCCCCUCCGCCCUCGAUAGACCCCGACGACUUUUACAGAAAGUAUCGCGGCCUUGACGGCAACAGCAGCGCAACAGAUCUUCUUCCCAUGGCGACCACCUCGGCUCCUCGCGCGCCCUUGCAGUCCAACGGAGAUGGGACGGCUAGUCUCAAACACUUGGCGGCCGUCUCCCCUACUACUCGCAGUUUGCCGCGAGCAGACUUUCGCUCCGUCUCGAGUCCCCUGGACGCGACAGUAUCUACAAACACAACCUUUGCCAAAACGAUGCCGACCGGAAAACCGAGUGUAAAGGACCUCAAGAAACGAUUCGAUCAGAAUGCCGUCGCCGCUGCCUCUGCCAUCCCUCUUGCUCUUGCUAGAGUAGCUCCUGUUUCGAAACCUCCCAGGUCUGGGAACAGUGCGUCGGAGCAUGCCACUCGCUCGGCGACCAAUCCAGAGACACGGCAGCCGCCUGCCCUUUGCAAAAGCAUCAGCGACGUGACUGGAUCGGCGUCAUUGCCGCUGCGACAAUCCAAGUCUGUGAUUGACCAUCGUACUUCCACGAGCUCGCAGUCAUUCGCCAGUCGCGUUGGCAAGCCGUUCAACUAUGCAAACGGGGGGAAGCCAUCACCUUCAAGGCGAUGCCAUCACCGCCAGAUGCCUUCUACCUCGUCUGACGGGGGGCAGCCGAAGCGUCUCCUAUUUGGCGAAGUUCUACCCCAUCAUGACGACGCGUCCGCCCUGGGUUUUGGCAUUGACGGAACGCGCCCGCGGAGAACUUCGGAGUCCAGCGUCCAGCAUCGCAGCACACACAACCGCACCCCUUCUGGCCUGGGUGCUGAGCCAGUCUCGCCCCAUGCUUGGUAUCGCGAUCCUCCAUCCCAAAGAGACGCGACCCCUCGCUCCUGUACUUCGCGCUCUCGGCCACAGCCUCACUCCCGCGCUCAUAGUGACGACGGCUCUUCGUCACCGUCGUCGCGGGCCACUCGAAAUGCAAGAUCUACAUCCUCGUCACACUCAUCCAAACUUCCCGUCUCCGUCCGAAAGUUCAACGCGCCGAGCAACUCUACGAGUCCGUCCUCCACUCGCUCAAGUUCCCCGUCCACACUCAGGAGGUAUCAAACAAACGGCAGGCCGACCGCGAGAACAAGCCCUGUUGCUAGCCGGGUCAAGACGCCGACACAAACCCGGAAGCCUCCUCCACAAGGGCUCGUCACGUUGAGCGGUGGCGGCGGCAGCAGCAAUAACUCAAGGUUGCAGGCAUACAUCACUACGCCUGUUCCAAAGCUUUCUCCGACCCUGCGCAGCUCUCGGCCUCGACAGCCUGUUUCAAUCGCCAGCACGACCAGUUCCACGAUGAAAGAACCUGAUGAGGCACGGAUGAUGAGCAAGUCAGGAGAAGCACCCCCGAGUCGUCGCAAAAUUUCCAUCGGUCCCAUCGAUUUUGCACAGAGAAGAGAGCAUAUUAGGCUUGCUUAUACCAAGUCGAUUCGUGAGAGUGAAGCCCUCGAGGCACGGCAAAAUGCGGCUGUCGAAAAGAGACGACAGGAAGCGGAUGACGCUGUUGCGAAACAACAACACUUGGAGGCUGCCGACUCUCCCGAAAUCCCCAAAUCAGGCGACUCUGUUGCCGCAUCCAGUGCGGCCUUUGAGAUUACCACGACCGAUCCUGUUCAAAGUGCCAAACCUAGCAUGCCCGAGGCGGGCGACCGUGCAGAAUCGCCAAAGCCUUUGCCGGGAAGGCCCCCUCUAACGAUUUCCACUGACAAAGAAACAACAACCGCGCUUUCACCAGACUCGCCGACCCUAGGGCUGCCAGGGACCUUCCCUGAUCCAACAUUACCACCGAUCAUCAGAGAUGGGCGGCCGCUCUCAGCAACGUCGGCGACUUCAGAUACGACCGAGUUCGACGCCGAGCCCCAGACGAACUUACCUGUUCAACCACAGUCGAGUCUUGGCAUCUCAGUUGCUCUGAUCAAACCUCCAAGCCCCCAACUAGUGCAAGAUUCAGCGCUCCUUCCGCGUACCAUGACGGAAUACCAAUAUCCGUUUGACGAUGAACCCGAAGACGACUCCCCGUUACGAGCAUCCCCGAAGCUACCAAAGCUACCAGUAUCCGAACUCGACCGUGAUCUGGCUGUGCCAGGCUCGUUUGUGGACGAUGACGAGGAACCAAACGGCCUCGGCAUCAGCUCAUUGCAAACGCGAGACACCGCAAUUGCGCUGGUACCAGAUUCUGAUAAUCAAGUGAUUGCAGGUGGUGAUGACACCCAAACAAUGCCGUUCCCGCGGCUAGAGGUCCAGGAGGAUAACGACUCUGACUGUCAGUCCGGCUUGCACCACCUUGGGAUGCAGACGAGUCAGAGUGGCCGUCAGGAUGAUGACAAUGAUGAUGCAGCUACAAACACCGGCACGGAGGAGACUGACGACCGUGAACACCACGACGUUCAUGACGGACAAUUUGGUGGUCAUGACGUACGAUCCCACGGGACAUCAACGUGUGCGCCAUCGGAAGCUGGCACUUGCGAUGACGUGAGCUAUUCGGGCUCUGAUCAACAACAACACCGGGAGGCAUCGCUCACGGGCCAUUUGUUGAUGCCCAAUUCGAGAUACCAGGACGAGCGAUUCAAUAGGCAAUCCGCAUGGACAGACCUUUCCGUGGAUAGUACCGAUCCCUCGGAUGUCUUGAGGUCCCCCGCGGUGCCCAGCAGCCGUGAAUCACCGGCCUUUGGCAACGCAAAAAUAUUUGGCUCCAAGGCUGAAUCGCCUCCUAAUGAUGCGCAUCACAAAAAAAGACUGUCGGAACUUGCUUAUUCGGAGGAUUCAAGGCGGUCUUCAACCCGAUGCCAUUCGCACCAUUUGCCAGAGGUUGACACGGGAGAUGGCUUCUCGGUCCCUCCCCAUUUGACAUCCCCCCAAACAAGUGACCAAGCCUCUUAUGUUCCAUCGCCGGCACACGAACCGCCUCCCAUCCCAGCCUCCCUGCCGGGAUCUGGCCUCAACUCGAGAACGUCGAGCGCCUUUUACGACCAGGCCCAAUACGAGAGCACCCUACUCGACUCUGAACGGGGAAGCGACGAAUACAUGUCGCAUGCCGGGACGUCGCGGUCCGUCGACUCGGCAUCGCUGACGACUACCGACCAGUACGUGAGCACGCAAACACCAGCAGAUAGCGACACCAAGUCGCUCGCACAGGACGGCGAGGAGCUUAGCGACAAGGAUCGACACCGUCUCUGUCAAAGAAGAAAUGUCAUCAAGGAGCUGGUGGAUACCGAGGCUGUCUUCGUACGCGACAUGAACAUUGUGGAAGAGAUAUACAAGGGCACUGCCGAGGCGUGCCCCAAACUCGACGGAAAAACCAUCAAGCUCAUUUUCCGAAACAGCGACGAAAUCAUUGCCUUUCACACAUCGUUCCUCGCAGAACUCAAAGAGGCGGUUGCGGAUGUGUACAUUCCCAAGGGAGCCAGGAAGACACUGGGGGAUGACUCGCGCAAGUCAACGCCGAGCCUCGCUGCAGCAUCGGGGGAGCCGAACGAUGCCAAGGACCGCUCUACUUGUCUCGGACCGGUAUUCAAGAGAAACAUGGAGCAAAUGAAGAUGGCACAUGAAGGCUUCCUCCGUGCAAGUGAUCAGGCUGCCAAGAGACUCAUCCAAAUUCAGCAAGACCCCACGGUCCUGGUUUGGCUGAAUGAGUGCAACGAAGUCGCCAAGGACCUGACUGCAGCCUGGGACCUGGAUUCUCUCCUCAUCAAACCCAUGCAGAGAAUCACGAAGUACCCGAACCUCAUCGUUACGCUUCUGCAACAUACGCCUCAGGACCAUCCUGAUCGAGCGGCCCUGGUGGAAGCCAAGGACACCUUGGAACAUGCCAUUGUAGAAAUCAACAAGACCAAGAAGAACUUCGAACUCGUCGGACAAAUUGUGGGCAGAAAAAGAAAGGAAUCAGACGUCAGGGCCGGCUUCGCGCGGGCCUUUGGCAAGCGAGUCGACAAGCUGCAGGCAUCCAACAACAACCGCCCGGAAGAGGAUGCAGACUACGCAAAACUCAACGAAAAGUUUGGGGACGAUUACCUUCGACUUCAGGUCGUCCUCCGAGACGUUGAAUUUUACACCAGGCAAGUGUCGGCCUAUGUUCACGAGUUCCUUCAGUACAUGUCGUCGAUUGAGCUUGUCAUGCGGCUUCAGCCUGGCAACUACCCAGAGAUCGAGAGCAAAUGGGUGCAGUUCAAUAUUUCCGUCCGCGACCUGGAAAAGCUUGCCUUGGAGGAGCAUCUGGCGCAAGUCCGCAAGCACGUCAUUGAGCCAUUUGAACAUGUCAUCAAGGCAUAUGGCAACCCGUCGUUGGCCAUGAAGAAGAGGCAGAAGCGCCGGAUAGACUAUGAGCGGCUCGAACAGCUAAAGCGAAGCGGCAAAAGCCCCGACCCCAAGCUGAAGGAGCUUGUCGAGCAGUACGAGGCGCUGAACGAUACACUGAAGAAGGAACUUCCGCAGCUGUCGGCUCUGACGGAAAAAGUCGGCAACAUUUGUCUUGGAAACUUUGUGAAUAUCCAGGCGAAGUGGUAUGCCACCUGGAAAGAAAAGAUGAAGACGGUCUUGCCGGGCUGCGGCGACAUGCCGGACCUGCAGUCUGUCGUGUCUACUUUCCAACAAGACUUUCCACAUGCGCACGACCAGAUGUCGCAGAUUGGCAUCCUCAACCCAGCAACCUGGGGCAGAAUGUCACAAGCAACCUCUGUGAGCGCAGACGACGUGUCGUUGCGAGCAAGGAGUCGGCCCUCCGAUGUCGAGUCCCGAAGUCGCGGUCAAUCGUUGAACGGCGACGUGGCGCCAACGCUGCCUGCGCCAGAUUUUGGCGGACGACGCAGCGGCUCAUUUACAAUGUCACCAGGCUACGCCAUGGCGGUCGCCGGGUUCGGAAUCGGCAACGUGCCAAAUUCGCAUCAGUACGAUUAUCGUGACUACUACGCCGGGAUUCACGCCAACCAGGCAGGGCCCGCUUCUCCAAAGUCGGCCGAGAUGGCCAGCAGCUCACGGCCGGCCGCCGUCAGCAGUGCGGUUUCAACAAGACCCAGCACUGGGCGUAGUUUCGAGCCCGGAUCGGUGCGGCAAAGCUCGGACUCGGCGGCCGUGCAACAUCGCGACUCCAGCGCAACUUACGGCUCGACCUACACACCCCAGGCCACUCAACGGGAACCUCGGCGGAUUUCGAACCUGUUCCAGUCCGCCCUUCCAAUGUCGGACGGCCCAGAUGAUGGCGGCAGUCAACGAGCAUCGAGGGCGUCAUCCCGCGAACGCAGCCAGACUUCAGACGGCUACAACGUGCUGUGGUUGGCUGCGUCGCUCUUUGAAUUCAAUAUCUCCACCACCAAACACGAAGCUGGAUAUCCGUACUUGACAUAUCAAGCUGGAGAGAUAUUUGACGUCGUGGCCGAAAAGGGCGAGCUGUGGCUAGCGAAAAACCAAGACGACACAACAGAUCAAGUCGGCUGGAUCUGGUCGAAGCACUUUGCAAGACUGGCUGAUUCCUAG